AUGGCAGAUCAGGCGUUGCUCGUUAGUGGUGUAACCGAGUUAUUGAAACAUUUGACUUCUGUUGUUUCCCAACAAAUUAGUGAGGCUUGGGGUGCACACAAUGAUCUGGAAAAACUCAAAGGUACUUUGGAGAUGAUAGCGGCUGUUACAACUGAUGCUGAGGAGCAGCAAGAGAAAUCUAAGCUUGUGAAACUUUGGUUGGACAGGCUCAAUGAUGUUGUGUAUGAUGCUGAUGAUGUUCUGGACGAGUUUUCUUAUGAAGCCAUGCGUCGAAUGGAACUAGACGCCUCGGUAAAGAGCUCCUUUGAUAAAAGGGCUUGGGUCUGUGUGUCUGAUGGUUUCAACAUCCAAAAAAUAUUUAAAAGCAUAAUUGAGUCAUUUACCAGUAGGAAGUGUGCUAAUUUCUCAAAUGUGGAAGUCUUGGUUGAUAAAGUUCGAGAAGAGUUGAGUAAUAAAAAAUAUUUACUAAUUCUCGAUGAUCUGUGGAGUGAAAAUACGGAAGACUGGGAUACACUUCAAGAUUUACUAAGUGUGGGUGCUCAUGGGAGUAGAGUCUUAGUCACUACACGUAGUAAAAAUGUUGCAUCUGUUGUCGGAGGUGCUGUCUCACCAUACAUGUUAGAAAACUUACCUCAUAGUGUUUGUUGGUCUAUCAUCAAGACCAGAGCAUUUUCCCCAGGUGGAGCAUCAGAGACUGAGAGCAUGACAUGUAUAGGAGAGAAAAUUGCAGAAAGAUGUGGUGGUUCACCACUAGCUGCAAAAGUUCUCGGUAAUGUUUUGCGUCUGCAUCAAAGAUUGAUUGAUUGGCAGUCAAUCCUAGAUCAUGAUAGUUUAGAUGCGAAAAACAAAGGGAUCAUACCCAUAUUGAAACUAAGUUAUGAUAAAUUACCAUCACAUUUGAAACUUUGUUUUUCCUAUUGCUCUUUGUUCCCAAAAGAUUGGGUCAUUAAUAGGAAAAUUUUAGUUCGGUUGUGGAUGGCAGAAGGGUUCCUUCGUCUAUCUGAUGGUGGAAAUCAUAUGUCACUAGAAGAUGUCGGUGAUGAUUAUUUUCAUAGUUUACUGGCCAAUUCUUUCUUUCAAGAUGUGACAUUCGAUCAUUUAGGCGACGUCCAAACAUUCAAGAUGCAUGAUUUGGUGCAUGAUCUUGCCCAGAGUGUCAGCGGUGUUCAUGAUAUCAAGAUUAUCAAUUCGGGUGAAAUGGAUUCAAUUUCUAAACAUCGGCGCUUGUUGUUAAAUUUAGAAGAGGAAACAUCAGAAACAUUUUCAAAAGUCUUGAAAAAGUCAAAACGUCGGAGGUCCAUUUAUUCCCUUAGAAAAUGUGAUUUAGGAGAACAUUUACUUUAUGGCAAGAAUCUGCGGGUUGUUUCUUUGCUCAGAGAUUUCUUUCUAUAUGGAGUUGUUGAUCAUUCCAGAGUAGAGCUGGCAAACGGGCGGGCCGGGCUGAGGAAAACAGAGAGGAAAGAAGGUGAUACCUUUGAAGAUGAGUUUUUGAACUCCAGGGAGAACAUUAGUGAGAGGUUGAAGAAGAGAUUCAAGAUAUUUAAUGGUUGA